AUGGUGCGUGGAGCAAGGAAAGCUAUUGCUGUCGGAGUUGCGGUGGCUGUCGCAUGCGGUCUCCAGAAGCACUUGAAUUUUGUGCCUGGGCCUCGGCAUGCUGCUCCAGUGGCCGCAGCAGCAGCCAGCAUGAUGAUGGCUCCUGCGGCUUUUGCUGAUGAGAUCGGCGAUGCUGCAAAGAAGCUUGGGGAUGCUUCCUACUCUUUUGCCAAGGAAGUGGACUGGAACAAUGGCAUUUUCCUGCAGGCCCCUGGCAAGUUUCAGCCCUUGGAAGCUUUGAAAGCCAUUGACAAGAUGAUCGAAAUGGGGGCAGCCGCAGAUCCCAAGCUUCUGAAGGAGGCAGCAGAAGCACAUCACAAGGCCAUUGGGAGCAUCAGCGGGCCAAAUGGUGUGACUUCGCGCGCUGACUGGGAUGUCAUGGCCGUUUACGAUUCAGUGAAAGCCAUCACGGACCCCGGAGUGCCAGCGUACAUGAAGUCCUUGGUGAACGGACCCGAUGCCGAGAAGGCCUACCAAGGAUUCCUGGAAUUCAAGGAUGUUGUUGAAAAGAACCAGGUGGCCACGGCCAGUGCUCCUGCAGUUGUGCCUUCUGGAGACAAAAUUGGUGAAGCUGCAAAAGCGUUGUCCGAUGCAUCCUAUCCUUUCAUCAAGGACAUUGAUUGGCUGUCGGACAUUUACUUGAAGCCGCUGCCCGGCAAGACUGCCCCAGAGACGCUGAAAGCCAUUGACAAGAUGAUCGUGAUGGGCGCGAAGAUGGAUGGAAACCUCUUGAAGGCAGCAGCAGAGGCACACCACAAGGCCAUUGGCAGCAUUGAUGCCACUGGUGUGACGUCUGCGGCCGACUACGAAGCUGUGAAUGCAGCCAUUGGCCGCUUGGUGGCAUCCGUGCCGAAGACAACUGUGAUGGAUGUGUACAAUUCCAUGGCCGGCGUGGUUGAUUCCAGCGUCCCCAACAACCUGUUUUCGAAGGUGAAUCCAUUGGAUGCAGUGGCUGCCGCCAAGGGUUUCUACACCUUCAAAGAUGUUGUGGAGGCUUCCCAGCGCUGAAUGUGAAGACCAGCAGCAUGAAGUUGCGACAUUGCUUCAACAUGCUUUAGCAGAACACUUUUUAAAUUGUUGUAUAGAUACAGAAUGUUACGGACAUCUGCAACAGUUUCUUGACAUUUCUUGACCCAGAAGCCUCUCAAGCCAUGGG